UUUAUUUGAACAUGGUGUUUGUUAUGGCCAGCCCAUAACUACAGAUGUCUAAAAAAAAAAAAAAACACACCACUCAGGUUCAGGUCAGGCCAGCUGUUCCUCCCAAUCACCCCCAUGCAGGUUCCUUGAAGACCUACAAUGAAGACUUAUUGUUGUGUUUAUGACACCACUGUAAGACAUGACAAACUUGGCUGACUCAAGCUAAGAAGCUGUGACAACAUCUUUACAGAUACUGUGCGACAUAUUGUAUCACCUCUCAGUCUUCAGGUGACUCUCCCAUCUCAUGUUUUGAGCAUUAUUUUUUGUCUUUUCAGUGUCUCACAGCUCCAUAGCGGAGACACCAUAGACGUCCUAAAGAGAUGAUCUUAUGCUGUGAAUCUGUGUCACUAAGUACCUGCAGGGGUCAGAAAUGCCAUUCAACCCUCUGUACCUGAACAGCAUUCACCUGAAUCCUCCAGGACCACACCCAGUCCUAAGCUCACUCCACCAGCAAGCCUGAGGAAAAGCAUUCAUCAAAUUUAUGAUCGUUGCUAUCACAUUGGCUCACCUGGAAACACUUGAACCACAGGAAUAGAAAACUACUGCAUCUUUAUUUAUUUUUGUUUAAGUGUUGUCUUGCUUGUUUUAGAUCAGUUUUACUUUCCAAAAGCCAGGACACAAGCUGCUCAUCUGGUUUAAAUAGGCUCUGUUUUGGAUAUAAAGAAAUAUUAGCACAUUAAAGAGGUAAGACUUGUAUUCUCUCCCACAUGUAAAUACUCAGCUGCUAUGGAGCUCACAUUAACAGAAAUCUUUACUGUUUCUCACAGCUGUGUGUCUUAUCAUUAGGACUCAUUGUGAUAGCACAGCAUGAAUGAGAAGACUGGUCAGACUUCAUAGCCCUGUGUGUGUGUGUGUGUGUGUGAAUAAGAGAUAGAAGGUUCCUGUUGAUGAAAGGAGAAAUGCCAUAAUUUAUCUUCUCCUUUUAUUACAGAUUAAAAUGGGCUGCUUCACAUUCAUCAAAUUGAUGAUGGUCGUGUUCAACUUGCUUAUCUUUCUGAGCGGCCUCACCCUGCUAGUCAUGGGUAUCUGGGUGAGCAUAGAUGGGAGCUCCUUUCUCCAGCUGCUGGGCCCUUUCUCCAGCCAAGGCAUGCAGUUUGUCAAUGUGGGAUUUUUCUCCAUCACCAUUGGCACCUUGCUGGUGCUGUUGGGGCUCCUUGGCUGUUGUGGUGCCCACAAGGAGAGCAAGUGUCUGCUGCUCACGUUCUUCUCUGUCAUCCUCAUCAUCUUCAUUGCUGAAGUGGCAGCUGGAGUCGUGGCUCUGGCCUACUCAUCAUUAGCGGAGGGGAUCCUCAGAGCGUGGGCAACCCCGGCUUUACAAAAAGAUUACGGCAGCGAUCCUGUGGUCACCAAGAUCUGGAACACCACUAUGACAGAGCUGAAAUGCUGCGGUUUCACCGACUAUACUGACUUUGUGGACUCUAACUUUGAAAAGGAGAAUGAAGGCAGUCUGCCGCCCAGCUGCUGCUGGACCAACAGCACCCCCUGCAGCCUGGGUGAGGCAAAGCGCAGCGCUAUGCAGGGUUGUUUUGAGCACAUCCUGGAGAACCUCAAAGAGCAUGCCAACAUCGUGGGAGGCAUUGCUGCAGGAGUAGGAGUCUUAGAGAUUGCUGCCAUGAUAGUGUCCAUGUACCUGUACUGCCACCUGGACAACAGAGUCGGUUGAGACUUCUUCAGUGAAAACAUGACAGGAAUCACAAAGAUAGACCACAUGUCAUUUAACUUUCUAAUUUGCAUUAUUUACCUAUCUAUGAUUUCUGUAAGUGAAUCCCAUUUUUUUUAGAGAGAUAUCAUACUUUACUAACCCUAAGUCAUGUUCAUGACAAAAAUAAUUAUAUUUUAUAUAGUGAAAAGGUUAAAAGAACCUGC